CGCAGGUCAAGGGGGCCAUCGACGAGGACGUGGCCGAAGGAAACUUCUCUGCCAGAUACCCAAGUCUGAAUAACCAUAGUUGCUGACAUCAUCUCAACUGUUGAAUUUAAUUACUCUGGAGAUCUUCUUGCAACGGGAGACAAGGGCGGCAGAGUUGUUAUUUUUCAGCGGGAACAAGAGAACAAAAGUCGCCCUCACUCUAGGGGAGAAUAUAAUGUUUACAGUACCUUUCAAAGUCAUGAACCAGAGUUUGACUAUUUGAAAAGUCUAGAAAUUGAGGAAAAAAUUAAUAAAAUUAGGUGGUUACCACAACAGAAUGCUGCUCAUUUUCUACUCUCUACAAAUGAUAAAACUAUUAAGUUAUGGAAAAUAAGCGAACGGGACAAAAGAGCAGAAGGUUAUAACUUGAAAGAGGAAGACGGACGGCUUCGAGACCCAUUUCGAAUCACAGCACUGCGGGUUCCAAUAUUGAAGCCCAUGGAUCUUAUGGUAGAAGCAAGUCCACGACGAAUUUUUGCAAAUGCUCACACAUAUCAUAUAAAUUCCAUUUCAGUAAAUAGUGAUCAUGAAACAUAUCUUUCUGCAGAUGACCUGAGAAUUAAUCUAUGGCAUUUAGAAAUCACAGAUAGAAGUUUUAACAUCGUGGACAUCAAGCCUGUGAACAUGGAGGAGCUGACGGAGGUGAUCACCGCGGCCGAGUUCCACCCGCACCAGUGCAACGUGUUUGUGUACAGCAGCAGCAAAGGGACCGUCCGACUGUGUGACAUGCGCUCUUCAGCCCUGUGUGACAGACACUCCAAGUUUUUUGAGGAACCUGAAGAUCCCAGCAGUAGGUCCUUCUUCUCAGAAAUAAUCUCCUCCAUCUCCGACGUAAAAUUCAGUCACAGUGGUCGGUACAUGAUGACCCGAGACUACCUGUCGGUGAAGGUGUGGGACCUCAACAUGGAGAGCCGGCCCGUGGAGACCCACCAGGUCCACGAGUACCUGCGAAGCAAGCUUUGUUCUCUGUAUGAAAACGACUGCAUCUUCGACAAGUUCGAGUGCUGCUGGAGCGGUUCGGACAGUGCGAUCAUGACGGGGUCCUACAACAACUUCUUCAGGAUGUUUGAUCGGAAUACACGGAGGGAUGUCACGCUGGAAGCCUCCCGGGAGAACAGCAAGCCUCGAGCCAGCUUAAAGCCUCGGAAGGUGUGUACAGGCGGUAAGAGAAAGAAGGAUGAGAUUAGUGUGGACAGUCUGGACUUCAAUAAGAAGAUCCUGCACACGGCCUGGCACCCGGCGGAGAACAUUAUCGCCGUGGCCGCCACCAACAACCUGUACAUCUUUCAGGACAAAGUCAACUAAGGAAGCCAGCACGGGGACUGAGCCCGGCUGUCUUCUCCAAGGAGGGGCGCAUCCUCCUCCCUGUGAGGAGCAGCAAGGCGCUGACCGCUCCCCCUCACAGACUGGAGGGGCCGGCCUUCCGCCUGUGGUGAGGCGGGCAGGGUCGCUGCUCCGUGGAACACUCACUCACCCACUCAGCGCAGCAUUGGUGGACAGUGCUCAAUAAUGGCCAUUACUCAGAAUAAAUGUAUUUAUUUCAGUCUGAGCCUUGCUUUCCAGUUUGUAGACCAGAAAGUUAACACCCAAGAGAAAAGUUGUCUGAUGGAACAUCUCUCUCUCUGCAGCCCCCCCCCCAGCGCCCCCAUCACACUCGGGCCUUCACGCGCGUGUGCCGCCGUGCCCCCCACCCCUCCGCCUUCCUCCGAGCCCGGGCGGCCCCCGUUGCGGGCGUGGGUUCGCCAAGCGGGCUUAGGCAGCUUUACUCCCCCACACACCUGUAUCUACCAUCACGCCUUCUGGUGUGACCACUGAAUAAAAGCAACACACUCUAAAACGUGUUUUUAAAUCCAAGAUAAGUAUCGGCUU